GAAUUUUCAAUAGAAUUGUUCUCGCGAAUUCGAAUCUGACUAGCAUAUCUGCUCGUUGCUAUUUUUUCUGGUGACCCAUUCUUCCGGUCGAACACUAAAACUAUGCAGCUGCAUAUCAUCAGCAUGGUGUGUUUGUUGGGGUUGUUGUUUAGAUAGGCUUAGGAUUCACUGUAUAGCGCCUACUAUCUCACAGCCCGUGCAACGUCUCCAACAGUGUUCACUGGAAGGUUUCUUUCGUUUCGGAACCGGCAGGCAAUCGCACGGAAAAAACUCCUCCUCGGCAGGGCCGCAACCGGAUUUCGCGUCCCGUUUACUGUGCAAUGUACAGGUACUGCUCGCCGUCGGGGACGGACAGGUCCGGAUUUCGCAGGACACGGUCGUUGUUCGCGGCAGCUUCCCGGCCUUCCGCAAUGGCCCUGUGGUAGUAGUCCCGGAUGGAGGCCUUCCGCUCCUCCCUUGCGUUCCACGGGGUGUUCGCAGCCGCAGCCGGACCAGCCGCUGCCGGACCGCGCACCAGUGCCGCGAAGAGGCCCGGGGCUUGCUCCGCCGCGGGCUCUUCGUGCUCGCGCCGAUCGGCGUGGUUCGCUUCGUUGUCCUCGGCUGCGUCCUCGCAUGGAGUGGUCCCGAAAAGAACCUUGAGGGGUUCGGAGAGCGCGGCGGGAACGGAUCUCGUCGCUGCCGCCGUCCUGGAUUGAAUCAUUCUCGCGAGGGAAAGGAUUCUGGAGGUCAUUGUUUCCGCGUGGUAUUGUGCAGUGUCUUGCGUUGCCUCGUGUCGAUAGAGAUGUCGUGACUACGUGUUGCUGUUUUGUGCGAAGUUGGUAAAAGAGUGGUUAACGAUAACCUACGUACUUGAUAGUUCCUUCCUGUAAUACGUUACGUCGUAAUUGGGAGCGUGAAGUGUAUAUUGUAUUAACAACAAUAUAUUAUGUUGAUGUUUCUUCUUCAACCAAGAUGUGUCAUGGGGCAGCGAUAACAGUUGUCAAAACAUACGUUGUUCUCGAACUAGUGUUCAGCUACGAGUAUGUUCGUUACAGUGGUCAAGAACGGAAUUAAAAAGUUCUCGCUACAGAACGAUAAUGUAUUCUUUUUGUACGCAUUCAUUACAUCGCACUCAUAAUCUUUUGCGAGGGUUCCCGUAGCCUAACUCGUACCUGUACGAGUACCGGUACCGGCCGACAGGAAGUACAAUGCUUCGUAUCGUACAGUAAUAUUAGUAACGUACAAAGUACAGAACUGAAUUUUGCUGCUUCCACGACUCAAAACGGUCCGGUACAGUAAUUACGAAUUCCCCCCAAAAACUGAUGUCACUAGCUUUUGAAUGACUAAAGAGUGCAGGGAAAGAGAACAAAUAAUCUUAUCAUUGGCGCCAUACAAACGACAUUCGAACGAGAAAUCUUGCUUGAGAGACAGAGGUGUGACAUCAUCGAAAGAACUCAAACAGUCUAGAAUGAAUCUUAUCCGCUUCCUUCAGCAUCCACAGAGCUAUCUACCGACACUUGGCACGGAAACAGUUUGUGGUAAGUUUAGGGACUGUGCAAAGCAGAUUGAUGGGGUUGCUACGGAAUUUUUGUUCCAGACAGGCACAUUUUGUGUUGACGGGUGAAAUCAACGAAUUAUCUUUCGUUGUUGACCGAAAGCGAACCGAUGUUUAGCGUCAGUUGAAUCUAAAAUCUAGGAUGAUAGUGUUGUGGCCCACAAUGAUGCGUUGCAGUAAAUUUUGGCUACGCCAUUCGCUUGACGGAGUAUGUGGUGUGUUAUUGUGGCAGUCCGUUUUGAAGCUCAAUGGUCCAUCACGUAUUGAAAUUGUGAAUACAAUGCAUACGCACCGUAACAUCACCUGUUGACGACCAGACGUCGAAAAUUAUCGAUGACGUCAUAAUUUUUAGUUUGGCGAACAUCGACAAAAUUGGAGAAAAUUUAUCAAU